UCGCGCUCGUGUGUGUGUGUGUGAGUGCGCGCGUGGGUGAGUGGUUGUAUGAAGCGCGAGCGAGAGCAUGUGGAUGUUUGUAUGAAUACCCGUAACGCUGGCGCACUCUCCACCCGAGGCGACGUCGCUACCCGUUAGGUGUCGUGCUAGCAGUGACAGCGCCGUCACGCCACGGGGUACAAGAGCCCCGGCCACCCUCUCGCCUUCUCUCGCCGUCAGUACGCACGCGGCAGGCAACAUGAAAACGCCUUUCGCCGACUCCUCCCUAGAGACGGAACACCUGAGCGACUAUCUCCCAUGGCUCCUGGACACCAGGUGAGCCUAUCACGACCGGACCCACUUUUCUUUUCGGUAAGACUUCCGUGUCAUUGCGAUUUUUCCCAUUAGGUGAAGGCUCUGUUAUCUGGAUUUCAUAGACAUAUUUAUUGUCGGUGGCCUCUGACCACCGAAACCUAAACAAGUACGUCUUUCGUAUCGGCUCCUUUUGAUAAUUAUGUUGUCGUGAAUCCACUCGCUGAACGAUCCCUUCUGCGUCAUUGGGCGAGAGAGAAACAGGAGGUAGACAACUUCACUAUUUAACCUUUUAGUGACCGUGCACUCCAUGUUUAUUCCAGUGCGAUAAUGAUAGACCAAACAGGUUAUGAAGCGCACCAAUAAAUGCACCAGGGAACAAAGAAGAGCUUCAGCAAAAUGUUUUCCAUUCUACCUAGUCAGCGCUGGUCAGUCACGCUUGAGCAGUGGAUUAUUCCUGACUGAAAAACGUGUCAGUUAAGUAAGUCGACAAAGAUUGUAAGUAUCGAUGUCAGUAAAGACGCUCGCUGUUUCCACGCACCCUACACACACGUGGAUGCACUGGCAAACGCGUGCGUCUGGUUACACCAUCUUGUGAUGGUAAUUUGUUAUGAAUAUUGAAAAGUUUGAGGCGACGGAUAUAUCUAGCAUUACAAAACUGAACUUUCAACCAUUUUUUUUCUUUUCCUUUUUUUACAAACUAAACGUUGUACUGGUCAAGCGACCUCACCCAGUGUAUGCGGUAACUAUCAUGUCUCCGUUCCAGUUGGCACUAGGAUUCUCACGCUAGGAGAUGAUUGAGAUCAACCUUGGCCUCUAACCCGACGUGGUCUCAGGCUUUUCCAGUUACUGUUGACGUCACUUCGUUUCUUCUGGACAUCACAGACAUUCUGUUUCACGGCGAAUGUGUGCUUGGGGCAUUGCUUGAGGACCAGUAAAAAGUGGGAGUGUCCCACAGAAAAUCGGACUCCUGUCCGAAACUUCCUGACAAGAAACCGAGGUUUGUGGCGUCACUGUGCGGUCACCCAGGGACUUCACAGAAUCUCGACUCGCAGUGCACACACACACACAUUUGCAGUUAAAAAGGAAAUGACCGAGGACUCUGCAGCCACGCUCGGAAACAGCCUGUGCUGUUGCACUUCGGGCACCGACGUCAGCAAGGCCCUCUCCUGCCAGUCCGACGACGACCUCUACAACCUGUGCACCACCAUCACUGGCAGCGGUCACACCGUCGUGCACCUGCUGGUGCAGCGUCAGAAGCUAGACUCCCUGAAGGCCGUGCUGGCACGCGGCGUGGACGUCAAUACGAGAGACGCGCAAGGAGCCACACCCAUCCACACGGCCCUGCAGUACCACGCCCUGCCGGCCGCCCAGGUCCUCAUCGACCAUGGUGCCGACGUGGCCGAGGUGGUGUCGCGCCGCAAGGGUAUCACCCUGCUGCACAAGCUGGUCAUGCGCGACCGGCCGGCCGCCGUGCAGCUGCUGCUGGAGAACGGGGCGGAGGUCAACGCCCGCGACAAGCAACGCCGUACAGCGCUGCACAUGGCCGCUGUGUACGGACGCGGCGCCAUCGCGGCUCUGCUCCUGCAGCGCGAGUCUUGCGACGUUAACGCUCUGGAUCAAACAGGCCAUACGCCGCUAAUGUUGGCCAUCAACAACAACAACACGGACCUGGCCCGCCAGCUGGCAGCCGCCCCGCGAACUGACGUGGCCCUGCGCGACCGAGACGGUAUGUCCAGCCUUCACCUAGCCGUGGCCCUUGGUCAGCUGGAGGUCGUACGCGCCAUCCUGGCCCGCAAUACGGCAAAUCUCAACAGCAAGGAGCGCAGCAUGGGACGCACUCCCCUUCAUCUGGCAUGCGCACUCACCACCCUGGGGAGCGCCUCCACUACCAACAACAGUAACAGCAAGGACAGCAACAAGAAGGGGGCCAGAGGCAGAGUGUCCACAUCCCUGAGUGUUCUAAACACUUCCAGCGAGAACGGUGAAGCGUCAGCUGGAUACGGCAGGUACACCUCAAAAUCACCGUCAAAGCACAGUAAUAAGGACUCACCUAUUGCCAGCGUGAACUUUCAGGAGUGUGAGGCAGACAAGCCAAUGUCCGCAGCGUCCGAUGCAGCUGCGUCUUCUCAAAGCUCGGGGUUCAGGAUGAGUCCCACAACAAGCGGCGGGCCCUACUACCUCAAGACCGGCACCGCCUUCCGCCACCCAAAAUCCUCGCAGACACCUGUCCGCAAUGACGGCACCAGCCAGCAAGGUAGCUUUCUUGCCGCCAGCAGACCCCGCACAGCCCCGCAGCGCCGCAAACCGACCGGCCUCUGCAUCAACGGCAGUGAAAGCCCUCAACGCAGCCGGGCGUCGGAGGCCAGCAGCAUAUCAGCCAUUCGCUGCAAGAUGGUGACCCUGCUGCUGGACCUAGGUGCUGACGCCAACCUGAUGACGGCGUUCCGCAAGUCGCCGCUGCAUAUCACAGCGGCUUCCGGGGCAGCGGACGUCAUGGCCUUGCUGCUGCCCCACACGACCAACCCCAACAUGCUUUCAAUGAGCAACAAGACGGCCCUGCACCUGCCGCGGAGAACGGCCACGCUCUCAUCGUGCCCUUGUUGGUGUCCGCGGGCGCCAACCUGGGUCUCCGCGACCUGGCAGGCAUGACGGCCCUGCACGCGGCAUCCCGCCUGGGUCACGCCGACGUCGUGGCUGCUUUGCUGAAGGGUGGGGCCGAUAUGAACGGCACCGACUUCCGUCAGAUGACACCACUGCACCACGCCUGCUACAACGGCCACGCCGACGUCGCCGACAUGCUCGUCCGCGCAGGCUGCCGCACGGACCUCGUGGACGAUAGCGGCCACCUGGCGCUGUACUACAGCGACGGCUGCAUCGUCGAGGAGAGCCUGCAGCAGGAGGAGGAUGUCGUGACGCCGCCAGUGGAUGCGGUCAAGGACAGAACGACCAUCCUGUCACGACGUCGGCGUAAAGAAGGAGCGAUAAUUCUCGCGCAGUUGAAACAAGAGUGAUUUUAUUUUAACUCGAAGGAGCAUGAAAUCUGUAAAAAGGAAAUCUUUACUUUUUCUUUUAAAACAUGACAAAAAUAUGUAAACAGAUUUCAUAAUGCGACUGUUGGAUAGGACGUGCAAAAUAUUAAGUGGUGGCAUAGUCCGAUGCAGAAAUGUUUCAAGAGAGAUACAUAAUACUGAGAAAUGAUAGUUUUCAUUCCAACUACACGUAUACAUAAACUGCGAUGACGUAUUAAAAGUGUUUAUCUGUA